AUGAGCAGUGUCAUUGAGGCCUUAAACUGGUUACUUGACCAGGACAAUCCCGAAGAUGAAUACGACUACGAUUACUACGAAUACGACAACGAGAGCAUCCUAUCGUAUUCUUUGGAUAGCGCACAUCACUCUGGGUUGAAGCACGAGCAGCAGUAUAUGCACAACCAGCCACAGUACCAGGUCCGACCCAGGAAUGGGAGUGGGUCUGGGGUAGUGGUGUAUGAGAACCAGGGUGUGAAUAUAGGCAUGAUUGUGGGAGUUGGACACGGAGGAGGGCAAAUCGUUCAAGCUCGUGCCACUCACACAGACACACAACCAGUGACGCGGGGUAUUAUACACCCAGGAACUGACGAAAGACCGUAUGCUGACCCACGUGUAUUGCAAUCGCAGAGAGAUGCUUCUUCAAGAUACUAUACGAGUCAAAGUGACAGCGAAGGUGGAAGUUAUGCUACUAACACAGGUGUACCGAAGACUGCGUUUGAUAUGUCGAGACUGCGCGAUUCUGUUAUUGUCACGAGCGAGCGGAACAGCCACGUGAGUAUGGUGAGCGGGGUGUCUGUCCGAUCCGACAAAUCCGACAAUGCUGACACUGCGGCGGACAAAGUGAGUCAUGAAGUACUGUUGUAUGAUGGAGAUACGGAGGAGGAUGCACAUACCAGGAGCACAUAUCCAGACAUACACGCACACAUCUAUGGUGGCGACGAAGGGGGAGUGGCUGGGGGCAAGACGGACGACGAUGUAAAUGUAUCAGAUAACCUGCCUGAUAGUGCAGUCAAUCAGCUUAUGGUUGACCCCGUGGUGGGAGUCCCGGCGGAGUCUGAAAAUGCAACCUCUGCCAAUACGACAACCAAUAUAAAAAGAGUGCGAGAUGUGGUUAUUAACGGAAGCGUCAGUUCUUGUGCGCCUUCUCCAAAACCGAGAAUUUUUGCUAAGCCACGCACAUGUAUCAAGCAAGCAAGCGCUUGUACCAUUGAUGUAUCCAGUAAUACAGGUGAGAGCAUGGAUAACAGAACAAACUGUACGGACAACCAGGAUCAAAAUGAUCCCGACGCUGGUGAAAGAACUUUGAGUUCUAAUACUAAAAGUAAAACCCCGGGCACACCUAUACCAGCAAAGAGGGCUGUCAUCGGAGCAGUGCCAAAGAAAGAACCCCUAACACAACCACCAAACCAUCCGCAAACAGACAAUGACUCACCACAAAAAACUGCACAAGAACCAAUCAAAACAGAGGAAAUCACCCUUCAAGAACCAAUCAAUUCACCCGAAUGGGCCCACAAACAGGUCGAUCAGCACAAAGCUAAACACGCUGGUCACCCCCAGGAGACUGAUCACGAGUUUAAGCCAUUCCAAGCGAUCGCUGUACAUCCCUACGCAGCCAUGCGCACAGACGAGCUGAGUCUAUGCGAUGGAGAUCUGAUUGAGGUGGUGUCGUGUGCGAGUGAGCACUGGUGGGAGGGGAGGGUGCUGCAACACGGGGGCAGUGGCUGGUUCCCUUCAGUGUUUGUAAAGGUGAUAGAGAGUGCCGAACUUUCAUCCCUGAGUGAGCGAGGCAGUAGUGCUGAUGGAUUAGAGCACGCUUCGUCGACUAGCUCACACUCGUACCACAGCGCUGACUCGGGCAUACAUACCCAAAUGGGCGAGAGACAGAGAGACGGCAUGGAGGGUACCAACAAAAUGCGUACACGGUCGAUUCAUACUCGUUCCGGUGUGUUUGUGGGCGGAUACGGUGUUGACAUGCGCUCGCAAUUGAAAGCAGAUGAUCACUCGAAUAUCGGGAUCGAUACCGGGGCUAUCUCUACACCUAAGGGCACGCGUGCGGACAAAUCCGGCACCUUUGCGUAUGUUGAUGACAGAGCGAUGCUCAACUUUCGCCUGAUGGUGGGAUUAGAUCUGAUUAACUCGGAAUACGACUUCACCACCGAGAUUGAACUAUUUUUGACCAAUGUUGCUCAGCCGCUGAAAGACUUACAUACCCUCCCUGAUCGCCCCAAACGUGCUAUACUGGCACCUUUGUUCCACGUUGUGCAACUGCAUAAUAUGUUGUACACACAGGUGUAUUCCGAGUGUGAAGGCAAGGACCCAUUUUAUGGAAAGGUCUUCCUAUCGCUGAUGCCCGAUAUCAAGAAGGUUUACAUGGAGUUUGCCAGUGCACAUCCCGUUGCACUAGAAGCGCUGCGUACAUACGCAGAUCACGCUGACUUAAACACUCUACUCAACGGCGUAGCUACCAGCAUACCGCAAGGCCUAGACACAACAUCCGAGGGAGACAAGCAGAUGCACAAUAACACAACCGAGCCAUGUAUGGAAGGGAGAACCGGUACAAACACCGGAACGGAAUGCAUUCCGGAAGAGAACACGGACAAUGUCGCGCAGCGUAGAGACAAUGGCGCGAGUAAGCGGGCGAGUCAUGUGAGUAAGAAGAGCACGGUUUCUAACAAUAUCAAAGCCCAAGUCAACGGGAUAGCUCUGUCACGUCUGACACUUUUCAGCCCCUUCGAACGUCUGCAGAAGCUGGUGCGUUUGUUCGAGGAGCUUCUGCGGUACACACCCGACGCGCAUGCACACCGACACGCCAAUGAGCUGGUUCUUCAAGAACUCUCGACCUUGGAGCGCAACUGUGACACCACCCGCAAACUAGGCGAGAUGGAGCGCAAGGUGCUGUUGUCAAAUGUGGUGGGAUUGGAAACAAGCGCGAUAGAGGCCAUGGGCAAACUGGAGUAUGCUGGCACUGCGGUGUGUCAAUUGCUAGCUACCAGCACUGAUACUGCGAAUAGUAGUAGCGGUAAAGUAAGCGAGACAAAAGGUGAGAAAAGCGGGACAGCAACAGAUGGUAAGGUCUCGUGGCAAGAGUGUGUCGUGCUGGUGUUUAAGAGUGAGCUGCUGGUGCUUGCGCGCGUGUACGAUGGUGUGCCCAGUGGAAAUUACUCCGCCAACGCCCCUGUGAUAGUGGAUAUGGGUUCCGGUGUUGAUCCCGCUAAUCGGGGAGGAAGCCGAGGUAAUAGACGUAUCAGCGCAGAUACCUCGUCUUUCUCCUCCUCUUCGGCUGUAGAGGCUGAACCUGUAUCCAAAUCGGACAGCCAUGCCAGACCGUUCGUGUCUGGAUUAUCGGUCUUCUCAUACGAGCUGGUGGAGCGCUUCGAUUUGGUGAACUCUCAGGUGCGCUAUGUCACGGACGCAGAAGUGUGGGCUACGCCCAACACAACGACCACAUGCACAGAUACGCAGAAGGAAAUGCAGGGCGGUGCCAAUGUGUAUGAAGAUAAAAAUACGAGAAAUAGGCAGGCCGUCAAGUGUAUGAGCAUCAACCAGCCUAUACCAGAUGCACUGUGUAUUGAGUCUCUGGAGGAGGCUGCGCACCAGAAGAUCAUGCUGUCGUCCAAUAGCUCCCGAGAGAACAGAGAGAGUGUGCAGGCGGUGCAGCUGGCGAUUGAUCUGGCACGGGCGCGCAGAGGUUUAGAAGCACUCUCUCCACAACAUGUGCCUUCUCCUGUGCUAGAACGCCGUGCCAGUGGUACUCCAUCGCAUAGACUAAGUGGCGGUAGUAGUAGGUCAGGUAGCGGUAGUCAUAGUCUGAGUGGCGAUAGCGCUAGCGGUGUGCUAGAGAGUGAGUAUAGCAACGUGCUGAACUCGGUCUUGAGUGAGAGUGUAGGAAGGGCGAACACAGAGUCUGUGGGUAAUACCGGUACCCCGCCUAAACUCAUGAAAGCCUUGUCUUACGAUAGUAGUUAUGGCACUAACCUCAACGGUACUUUUGACAAACGCGAUGCUAAAAGUAAUGGUGCUUUAUCCCAAAAUACGAACGUACAUACAAACAACUCGAAACCGGGCUUGUCGGCCACGAGUCGAGACACGAACAACACGCACGCCGAUGGGUGGAAAAGCAAUAAGGGUCCAGCCAAUAGUGUCGGUGGUAGCGUAUCUAAAAGUGCAAGCAUGGGUAAGAAAGACAAGUCGAAGAAUACUAGUAUGCAAGGUUUGGGUAGGAGUAAGAGUAAGAAUCGGUUCAGCCUGGGGUCCUGGGGUAGUAAGCAUAGUAAGAAUAGCCUCAACGCACAGGACACAGAGAAGGAGCGCGAACGGGGGGCUAGCCUGAAGCCGGCAGAAGAGGUCGCGGAAUCUAUAGAGGAGCACGAUGGUGAAGAUAUUCCUGGGAUAUCCUCUCAAUUUACCCAAGACUCACGUACCAGCUCAAGCUUAAGCACGCAUCUUAGUGUGAGUGUGCCUAUACCGGGCGCGACUGCGUCGGAGAAUCUGGCGCACGUUGGGGCAAUCGACGCCUUGGCCCGUGGCAAGGGUAACAAAGUCACGCAGGAGCAGUUUGGUAUCUUAUGCGAUACAGUGGUGGGCCUGCGUGCGGUGAUGGAGAAUAUGCAGAAGGAGAUGGAUGGUUUGCGGGCACACAUCGUUGAGGAGAUCAAGACACGCUCUGUGCUCGAGGCGAGACUGAAGCGCUGUGGUGCUUUUGGUGAUGGAGGUGUAUAGUGGCGCUGUGCGCUUGAAGGCCUGCAUACUCGUGCGAGUGGUGCACCUCUGCAAACCUUGAGUGCAUUUACCUAUACAUCCCGUGCGAUCAGCUGUGCAUUAGUACAUGUUCAGAAUUAAUUGUGAUCCGUACUCAAGGAGGCAUUACAAUCAUCUGCAGUCGAUGACAUUCGUAGGGAAGGUGGUAUGCUGUGUGGAGUGAUCGUGGGCAGGCUGAUGAUUGACUGGAAAGGUGAAUAUCACCGCUAUCAAAUAUAAUUAUAUAAUAUAUAUAUACAUUUUUAUGAGAAAAAUUUAUUAAAAAAAAUUAGCGGA